AUGUCCGCCCCCGAAAACAUCUGGAGCAACCAAUCCGCCCUGGUCACUUACUACACCGACCAUGACAUUCCCAUGCGCCCCCAACCUGGCUUCCUCGUCCUCUCCAUCAUCGUCUCAAUCCUCGGUUCCUAUGCCACCCUUCUCCUCCUCGGACGACGGACCAGCAACCGCGGUCUCCGUAACUUUGGCUUCCUCGCCGUGUCGGCCAUCUGCUUCGCAGCCGUCGCCGUAUGGGGCAUGCACUUUGUCAGCAUGAUCAGUGUCCGGCUCGACCCUAGUCCAAAUCUCAGCUGGGCCAUUAUGUUCUCCCCUGGUAUGACGGUCCUAUCUCUCUUUGUCCCGCUCGUGGCCACUGUCUGUGCCUUUUGGUUCCUCGGCGACGACCCAUCCUACGUGGCCGACAAGGACGACUCGUGGAAGGCGGCAUUGACACCGAGGAACCUGCUCGAAUCGUGGCGUGUCCUAGCGGGUGGCAUCUUUCUCGGCCUCACAAUCGGUCUCAUGCACUACUCGGCGUCAUUCCAAUUGCCCAACUUUAAUGUUUCCUAUACAGCGGUAACCGUUGUCUUUGCGCUCGUCCUAGCCUGUAUCGCCGCGAUCGCCGCAUUGGCCCUCUUCUUCCGCGCUCGACAGCAAUGGCAAGAAUCUUUCUGGAAGCGCGGGAUCUGCAGUCUAUUCUUGGCGGCAGCGGUUUGCGGAAUGCACUACCUCGGUCUCGGUGGUACCUCGUACCGCACUCGUCAAGACGUCCAACCCGAAGCUCUCGCGAGUAACGGCCAGAACUCAAGACUCAUCAUAGCCAUCUCGGUCAUGUGCGCUGUCAUCAUCCUCAUCUCCAUCCUCCUCGCCAUUGCCGAUCUCCGCACUCGCAUCCAAAUGAAGGCCAAGGCCAAAAACAUCGUUCUCGCCAGCGUCACCUUUGACGAGUACGGCAAGAUCCUGGUCAAGCCGGACGGAACCAUCCCCAUGCAGAUCAUGCAGACAGACACCAACACCGAGGGUCUGUCCGCUCUGCUCGACCCUCAACUCGCCUCAUUCCAAUGGCUGUACCAGCUCUCCUUUUGCUGGCGCCUCGCCGUCGUCCCCUUCGUCCCCCGCAUCGUCGACCACAAAGCCCAAGGUUCAUUCCGCAGCGGCUUUAUCGAAGCUGCUGUCCGCCUCGCCCACUCGCUCGACCUCUCGGUCGACUCCAUCGGCAUCCUCUUUGACCGCGUCCUCAACACCGGGACCAAGGUCUUUGACGAGCAGGAGCAAGCUGAAAAGUUUGUUCCCAUGCCCACCGACGACGAAAGCUCCAUCCACGGCAUCACCAUGAAGCUCGGUUCGUCGGAAGGCGUCAUGUGCUUCUUUGCUCGGGAACUCGGCAAAGGUAAACCCGCGGCGGCCGACAUGGGUACGGACUACGACGCCACCAAGGAGGUCGACUCGGUCGAUUACUAUCUCGAGCGGGGUUGGCGUCUCGCCGAGACCCGCUUCUUCUCCAAGCUGCUCGCCGACUACAUGGGGGUCAGCAAGGCCGAGAUGGACGUAUAUCUCAACGCCUGUAAGACGUAUGCCAAGCGGGGCAGUCAGCCGGUGGUGCAGGAGGGAGGGGUCUACCUGGGCCUCUUUGGCGUCAGGCCAGCGGGAGAGGGCGGACUGGACGUACUGGUGUACAACUUUGCCCGUCACCAAAUCCCCGCCUAUCGGCUCCCGGACAUUUCCAUGCCGCUCAACACCCGGUCCCUCGCGUGGCUCAAAUCCUGCCACAACGUCACCCUCGCCCAGCUUCUUGCACGCUGCAAUGAAGCCCUCAACGAUGACGCAUCGAGUCGGCUCACUGCCGAGUCGGCGGAGCAGGAGAUCUUUUACGAUUUCCUUGCUGCCCUUUGCGUCUCGCUCGAGUCCCUCAUCGCGGCCAUGCGGGUCUGGCCCACUCUGCCCGACCAAGCGCGGCUCUCGCCCGACGUCAUCGAGCUCCCCACCAGCGACUCGGACACCAAGCGCCCAGCGCAGAUGCUCCUUCUCUCGGUCAUCCUCCCGGCGCCCGAUCACGGUCUCGCCCUCGUCCAAACACGCGCCUCGGGGAUCCAGGUACCCCAGCUGGACUCUACCCGGCGGGACUGGGACAAGCCGCCGGCGCCAUUUGUCUACUCGCCCUGGAAUCUUUGGUCCCGGGCGCAGACCAUGAUUCUGCGUGGCGCAGUCUACCGAGACAUUGCGCAGCAAUUCUCCAACGAGGUGGGGAAGAUGUACGCUCCCCCGGUCAACGACAUCGCCGCGGAGAUUGCUGCCGACAAGAAGCCCAAAGGUGUCAACCCCUUCCACGGCGACGAAAAAGUCGGCAGCGUCGUCGACCUCGCAUCCGUCUCGUAUACGCCCUCGCGCAAGCGGCGGCCGGGAACAGCCAUCAAGGGGGCGAGCGAUGCGAUUCAAAAGGCGGCGGGGAUGAGCGCAGACGAGCUGGAUGUGGAAGGGGAGUAUGCAGGUGUUCGUGACAGGGCCGACAUGUGGUUUUUGCGAGUCAUGCAGGCGUUGGCAGAGGCGGAUGAGAACAGAUUCUUGGAGUAUACGGAUUGGGAGUCGCAGUGCAAGAUGCUUCCUCUGGAUUAG